AUGGCACAUAUCAAAUUAAACAUUUGUUCCGAACAUGAACCAAGCUUCUUUUAUCAUAGCCCUCGAAUUCUAUGCCUCUUAGCAGCACUGAUAACCAUAAAUACUACAGAUGCUGCAAGCAGGUUUUGUAAAUUGAUGACAGCACCAAUUAGUAAAAUGGCACAGUUUUUGACACGAAAAAGCACAUCAUGGCAUUCAUAUGCAAUGAAAUCAUGCUUGUGGAAGAUGUAUCGUAAAUUGCAUAGUAUUUACAAAACCAUAUACAUGCUUACGACGUUUGACGAGCAUUAUGAGUACCUGUAUACUACUAAGAUUUUAGGUUCACAAUCAAUGUCACAUCUUCUACCUGCUAUAGACAUAGUUAAAGCUACCAACCAAUGGUUUCAUCGCCUCACAUUAUCCUAA